UCUCAUCAGAAACAAACAAACAAAAAAACAUUCCUCUUUCUUUCUUAUAGAAACCCUAAGCUAGGCGGCGGCGGCGGCGAGCCCUUUUCUUAGCCAGAUCUCAGUACGGGAAGGCGAGCGGCGAGCCCUUUCUGCCAGAUCCCAACAAGGAAAGGCGCGCGGCGGCGGGGGAGAAGGACGCCUCGUGAGAUGGAGGCGGAAGGGGAUUCCGGCAAGUCCCAAGUUCUCCCAGAUUCUCGUGGCACCAAGAAUCCCAGAAGGGAUCAAGCUCUGCUCAAAGAACUCAGGAAGGAGGAGAAGGAACUCAAGGACGAGGAGAGACAACUGAUGCAGGAGAGAGAGCAGAUGGAAUCGACGGAGGAGCACCAGAGGUUAGAUUUGUCCAGCCCCGACUGUAGUUCGAUUAAGCAGAGUCGAGAUUUGUUGGAUAGGAUCGAGCGCAACGCACAGUGGCAACUGGCCGUCACCGAUGAAAUCAGGCGCUUGAGCGAGCAGAUGAGGGCUGUCAAAGCACGCAGCCUGACGGAUAUUCAGGGUGUGGAGCACAAGACUGAAGAAACUGCAGCGGCCUUGGAUGAGCGUGAUCCUGCUAAUGGCGGGGACCUCAAGCCGGAAACUGCAGCAGCCUUGAAUGGGCAUGAGGCUGAUGGUGGUGCUGCUAAUGGCGGGGAGCACAAGAUGGAAACUGACGCCUUGGAUGACCAUGGUGAUGCUGCUAAUGGCAGGGACAGGGAGCAGAUGGUGGAAACUGCCGCCUUGGAUGUCGACGGCGGUGGUGAUCAGGAGCACAUGGACUGCGACAUUUCAUCCAUGGAGGACCAGGUGCCGAGGAUCGACUCCAAAUCGACAUCGGGGGCAGAGGCAGAGGCGGCAACAGGUCCAGAUAUCAAUUUGUCGACGAUUGAAUCAAAUCUCUCAGCAUCAGACAAGUCAAUACCCAAACCUGCACAUCAUGUUCCCAUCAACAGAGGCGAUGAUGUUGUUGAGAAGAUGGACAGAGGCAAAUCAGCCCAACAAUUAGCCAGUGAGGCUGAGAAGAUGGCCGCCGAACAGAAGGAAUUUGCUCAGUACGCUGAUGCCUGGGAUGCUAAAUGGGGUUCGGCAGGGUUCGGUCUCUUCCAUUACAUGACGACGGUCAGUUCCAUGCAAUAUACACACUUGAUACCUGAGAGCGCCCCAAGGCACAAUUGUCGAGCCGCGCCUAGCCUCCAGGUCGUCUCCAUCAGACUGGCAGAAAUUCAAGGUGGUCUGGAAUGGCCGUUGCCAGUGUACGGUAUGAUUGCUGUCAGAGACCAUGUGGAUCACAAUCGCAACCUUCUGUUUGCCUGCUAUAGGAGCAGGUGUCAGAUACUCAAGGAAAAGGAGCCCUUUUUGGCCUUGACUGGCCCCUCCCGUGCAAUUGUGUGCAAGGAAUCGGUUGACUUUGAAAUCCAACUGAAAGUAAGAGGUACAACAGAGUCUGAAGAUAGAGCAUUGAUCACUGGUGUGUGCACUUACAACAGAGGGGAUGAUACUGUUUGCUUUACGAACUGCUUCUGCACCGCAGAGUUUAGAUUGGAGGUACUUCAGGAAACAGUCCAGGCCACUGUUUUGGGUGUCCGUGUCAAAGAUGGGUCAUGGCCUUCUGGAUGUGGAGGUCGAGUCACUUGCUCACUCAUUGAUGGUGAAAUUGACGACACACCCGGGCAACUUGAGCUGCUUGUUUCUCGUGGCAGUGCCAUGCCCGUGACUUCUGAGGGUUACCUUCUUCUGUCAAGGAAUGUCGUUUCUGUGGAUGUUAACAGGAACCUGAAUUUUCUCCUAGAGGCCUGCUUACCAUCUGGUGAUAUCAUUGCACAAAAAGUAUUGUCCUUUGAACCCAAACUUUGCAACAUAAGUCAGGGUAGUUGUGAACUUAAUGGUAUUGAGUUGGAGAUCACUGUUGCUUGGUCUUGUCUUGUUUCUGAGAAGCGGGAUAUUUCGGUACAAGGAUGUGUUGGUGAUGAGGAGCAGGACGGGGACAUUGCAUCAAUGGAGCAGCAGGUGCCGAAGAUAGACUCCAAAUUGACAUCGGAGGUGGGGCCCGAGGCGGAGACGGAGUCGGCGAUGAGUCUGGAUACCAGUGAAUUGGCGAAUGAAUCGAGUACCUCCAUGUUCAUAUCAGACAAGUCAAUACUUGAACCUGCAGAUUCUGUUGCCACCAACACAGGUUACGAUGUUGAGAAGAUGUAUAGAGGCAAAUCAGACGAACAAUUAAAAAUUGAGGCCAAGGAGAUGGCUGCCGAACAGAAGAGUUUUGACAUGUAUGUUGAUGCCUGGGAAGGGUCAUGGGGUUAUGAUGGGUUCGGUUGCUUCCGGGACAUGACGACAGUGAGUUCCAUGCAAUACACACACUUGGUACCAGGGAGCACCCCGUUGCACUAUGGUCGAGUAUUGCACUAUGGUCGAGUGUUGCCUGGCCUGCAGAUAUUCUCCGUUAAACUCGCAGAAAUACGAGGUGGUCUGGAAUGGCCGUUGCCAGUGUACGGCACGGUCGCUGCCCGAGACCAUGUGGAUCACAAUCGCAACCUUCUGUUUGCCCGCAACAGGAGCGAGUGCCAGAUACUCAAUGAAGAGGACUCCUUUUUGACCUUGACUGGCCCCUCUCGUGCAAUUGUCAGCGAGGAAUCUGUUGUCUUGGAAAUCCAACUAAAAGUAAGAGGUAGAACCAAGUCUCAAGAUAAGCCACUGAUCAAUGGCGUGUGCACUUACUACAGCAGAAGAGAAAACCCCAUUUGCUUUACGAAUUGCUUUUGCACCGUAGAGUUAAGUUUGGAGGAACUUCGGAGAACAGUCCAGGCCACUAUUUUGGGUGUCCGUGUCAAAGAGGAGGGGUCAUGGCCAGGAUUCGGAGGUCGAGUUGCUUGCUCAGUCAUUGGACCUGAUGCCAGUCCUCAGGAAGUUGAGCUUCUUGAUUCUCGUCAUAGAGCCAUGCCGAUGACUUCUCAGCGUUACCUUGUUCUAUCAAGGAAUGUUGUAUCUGUAGACUUUUGUGGAAGCCUGAAUUUUGUAUUGGAAGCCUACUCAGAUUCUGGUGAUAUAAUUGCACAAAAAAAUGAGUCCUUGAAGCCCAAGUUUUGCAACAUAAGCCAGCAAACAUGUAAACUUACUGGAGACAUUGAGUUGGAGAUUACUGUUGCAUGGUCCAGUCUCAUUUCUGAGAAGUGGGACAUCUCGGCACGAAGAUGUUAUGGCUAGGAGACAACAACACCAACCUUUUGAUUUGUUGUAUUUUGUGAAUUUAGUACCAGUUAUGAUGCUGUCCUUUGAUUCUGGUGAAUUUAGUACCAGUUAUGAUGCCGUCCUUUGAUUCUGGUGAAUUUAGUACCAGUUAUGAUGGUAUUUGUGAAUACCAGUUACUGGAGACAUUGAGUUGGAGAUUGUACCAGUUAUGAUUUAUGAUGUGUGUUGUCAAGCAAA